AUGAAUGUUUUCCACGAGAAGAACAUAAGUGAAUGUAAACAAUCGGAUUCUGGGAUUUUGUCUGAAAAGGAAAAGAAUGAUGAACCUGGAUUCGAGUAUUGCGAACCCGAGAUCAAGGGAAGAAUUUGUGGUGAAGUAAUGAACUUGGGGUGUAUUGAAGUUGAACCAGGGCAGGAUUUGAUGGAAGGAUUGGAAUUAACUGGUUUAUGGUCCAUUAAAUCUUGUUCUUGCAAAGAUGCCAUGCUUGAUGCUCGUGAUACGGAACUGGGAGGGGAUGCUUCGAACAAGUUAAUAAGUACUCCAUUGAAUUCUGAGAUGUCUGAUGAUUCACAGAACAAAUACAAGUGCAGGAUCUGCAGCAAGACUUUCAAAUCUCAUCAGGCACUUGGAGGUCAUCAAACAAUCCACAGAAAGAUUAAUACCUGUGUCGUAGUGCCAGUCGAAGAUCGCGAGCAAACUACCCACAUUAGCAGUUCUGUAAAGGUCAAGUAUAUUGAUAAUUCAGUAGACCGGGAAAUGAAUGAGGUGACUAGUUCUGUAACAGGGGUGUACAAGGUGCACAAAUGCCUAAUCUGCUUGAGGGUUUUUGGAUCGGGGCGAGCUUUGGGUGGUCACAAAAAGUCUCACAUGUCGAAAUACCCCGUAACCGGUGACAAGCAGCCUGCGGAGCUGCUAGACCUUUCUAACGUCUCUUGUGAUGUUAUUGAUCUCAAUGUACCAGUUAUGCACAAUGAAGAGGCCAAAGGUGACACACCGAAUUUAAGUCAUGCCGGCUUGGAACCGACUGCAAGAGUGAGGCUCUACCGAGCCUAG